CAGUUCAAGAAAACUUAGUGGUAAGGUGAGGUGUGACAUACGUGGUGGAAUUACGUACUCUAGCUUUCGCUGCGAAUACAAAGCGAAACUUUGUCACGGGUACACGUGUUGCGAUCUCAAUCUCAUUAGCCACUUCUGUGUAAAAGUGAACCCCAACUAAUAUCACGAGAGUCAAAUAUCACGAGAGUCAAAUAUCAUGAGAGGAACGUCAAAGAACGUCGAAAAUCACGGGAAAGGCGUAUUUUGGCAAAAUCACGGGCCGUGGUGACCCAUAUUACAGACUGGUGCGCACCUCGCUUGGCAAACGUCAAUUUGAACAGAAAGUCUCGUUGUGUAUACCAGCGUGAACGUCAUGAGAGUCGGAGUUGUGCUCGUUUUGUCAGUCUUGCUGCUGGCUGCAAGUUUGACUGAGGUGAACGGCUGGAGCAGAGGGAGCAGAGGAAGGAGAGGCGGAGGGUGGUUGGGAAGCACAGUCAGUAGCGUCGUCAAAGCGGUUUCCAAAGUAUCAACGGCCGUGUCAGUCGCUUGCUUGUGUCCACUAGGUGUAUGGUGCACUCCUGUAGUCUGUGGAGUAACAUCGGGCAUCAGAGCUGCCAACUGCGCUCUGCAAGUCACGAAUGCAGUUUCCGCUUCUGUCAAAGAGACGCUGAAGACUUGUGGUACUGCCUUUGGCGGAAAGAUCUUUUCUGGCAUCGGCAGGAAACGCAGGUCAUCUCCUCCCACCGAUGACCGAAGUGCCUUGGAGUAUCUACCCAAUGACAUGGCGCGUGUCAAAGCUGACAUGUGCAGCAUCAGACAUAUCGCUCACGAAUGGCGUCAUCGUAGAAUGAACGAUACAGCAGCAGCACUGCUAGAAGAAGCCGUUCUCGACAUGGACGUGGCCAUCAUCAUGACAGCAGCCAAGUAUCCGUCCGUGAAAGCAGAGGUUGAUCGAGUCGACUGCAGUGACAUCCCUCUAUGUAGAUCGUCAGCCGAUAAAGGGAUAAGUCAGGCGUCCGACUCGGAUGAAGCCUGCAUUCCGGGAUGUCAAAAUGAUGACGAUGAUUCAGAAUGUCGCGAGAAAGAACGCCGUACUUUCACUAAACUUGUGCAUGAUCUCGCGUUUCUGGAUGAAGACGCUGUGGCUAUGAGUCCAAACAGCGAAGACGCUCAAGAAAUUCUGCAGGGUACCGUAAACGAGGACGAAUGAGGAGUACCGAUGGAUUCUGGAGUGGACGCGUGAGCGCAAAAUGAGAAUAAGUGUUGUAGUGUUAGCUUGCAUGUUAGCUACUAAAUAGGUUUACAAUUGCUGAUCAGUAACUCCAAAUUCUGUUACAUCUGGUCUCUCUAGAGACUCGGAUACAACACGCUUAGAUUGAUAUCGUAGCAGCUGUGUAGCGCAUUAGUUACUUAGCGUACGUUAGUUGACGUCAUUGGGUAGCGUCUUUAGAACUUGCGAAUUUGCUAGACUAGCGUAGUAAUUGAUCGUGUGUGUAGUACGUGUAUUGUGUAGUACGAUGUAUCGUCUACUUUUAGAUAAAGAGUUGAGUUCAAGUUCA